GACACACUCUCAUAUCCCUUUAGUUGUUUACUGUUGGCCUUAUUGGCCUGACGCUCAACAAGUCACCCACACACCACCUCUAUUGGAAAUAACUGUUUAUCGUUGUCAGACUCAUUGUUCAUCAGUGCUGGUGGAUUGUUCACUGGUUUGUAUGGCACCAACUGAGCAUUUGAAGAUGAUGCGAUUGCUGUUCCUGUGUCUGCUGCUGCUGCUGCCAGCUGCUACUGCUGUUUCAGAGGAGAUCGAAGGAUCCGCUGAUGAUCUGGAUGAUGAUGAUGAGGAUAUGUUUGUGCAAAAGAUAGAACAAGAUCAGAGUGCAGAGCUUCACAACCAAGGUGCAGAUAAAACUACAGGUGUAGAAGAAUCGCCAAGUCAGCUCACCCUGAUUAUCAUCAUCGUAGCUGUGGUUGUGUUGACUCUUUCAGGCGCUGCAAUAGUCACCACACUGUUAGUAAGACGCCACAUGAAGAAUCGGGAGCGAGGGAUCUACUUCGUGCCUACAGAGCAGGACCAGAAAGGGGCUGUCUAGUUCCUGGUGGAGUAGCAGUCCUAUAAUAAUCAGACGAGAGGAGCAAUGCACCGGGCUAUGUCACUUCCUACUCUUUUGAUUCAGGACAGUUAGACUUCUUUGCACAACAGCCUGCUUCUCACCAUUCAGUUCAUUUCUCACUCCUACACCAAUACGUAUGCCUUUUUUUUUUUUUUACUGUAGUAUACUUCUGUCUUUGUCCCAGCCAUUUAAACUCCACAUACACGCAAUUUAGCCGAGGACAUUUGGAACACAUUCAAACCUUCUAAUUGGAUUCUAUUUGAGGAAUCCAAAUCAAAGCCAGUGAAUAUGGCUUAAAGCUUCUUUUGUUAAAAGGGAUAAUUUAGCACAGCCAGAGCUCCCCCUUUUUUUUUUACUACCUGAAACAAGAAAUUAUUCCCACCAGCUAUGCGGUGAAACUGUAUUUGCGUUUGAUUCGGUGCUCGUGGAACAGACCUGUCUGUAUGAAAUGGUCGAUGAGUGAGACAAACCAUGCUAAUCCACACUAAGCCAGCCCAGUGCUCACUUCAUUCUCCUAUUCACUUGUCUGACACCUUCUGUUCCUGGCCCAUUAGGAAUGACAGGAGGCAGUGCAAUAGGGAGAUAAAAAACCUGUUCCCCCUCUUCUCAACCUCAGUAAAAAAAAAAGAAACAAGUGGAAAUAGCCAGUGUGAACAUCUUCUCGCGAGGCAGCAAAUUAAUCGACCGCCAUGAAUGAUGAUGUUUUCUUUCCCCCCCCUCUCUGUUUCGUUUUGAAAAGCGUUCACUUUAGUCCUGCGGAUUGUAAAUACAACAGCUCUCUGAAUGCCGUAGAGAGUUAGAUUAAUGCCUCACACUGGUAGAAAGAAGCUGGGUGUGAGGGGGAGGGAUAAAAUCUCACGAAUCAAAUAAAGUGCUGGAGAUGAUUGGGAAAAUACCAACAAUGAGAGCAUGAUGGCUUCUCUGUUUUCAUUUAAAUGGAAAUCAAUCAUGCCCUGCGAAAGAAAGCUUCCUAUGCAAGAACCCGAGGCACCGGUUGCCUUAUUUGUUCUAGUACAGAGAAGGCAAAGGUUAAAGGGGAAUGGGACACGCUCCUGUUCGACAUGACAGUAUUUUAUUUGUGGCUUCACGUGGACACUUGUAAUGGAGUAAGCAACGCUGGGAAUGGCUAGGGUUAAACACUGGAUUUGUCAAAGCAGGAUCUCACUUUGCUCUUCCACUAAAUCUUGCAGCUAAUCUUGCCACUGGGGGAUGGGGCUUGGCUCCAGUCCAGCCAGUUUUGAGAGCAAAAACAAUUGUGCAGUCACGUCCUCUUCUGGGUGUACCGUGGCUAUGCAUUAGGUCUGUGCUGAAGCGUCGUCUUAAAAAAACGAUGCAUUUAUUUAGCACAAACAAAUUGGCCGAUGUGAUUAUUGUUUGUGCGUUUGAUUUACCGUUCGUAUUUGUGUACAGUAUGUGUUAUUUCUCAAAAGCAUAGCAUUGCCCAAUAAGCCUUCAACAUGGGUCAGCAUUUCAAAGGGAGGACAAUUGGACAAAAAUUGCAGUACAAAACAUUUCAGUUUUUUACGUCUUUGUAGUCAUAUUUACUCAUUCACUAUUUCUGUUGGACAAACAAAACCACAAUGGAGCAACAUUUGUAUUCUCUUUCAAGGAUUCCCCCCUCCCCCCCAAAAUGCAGAAAGCAAACAGACUUGUGCACAAAUCCAAAGAGAAAUGCAGUGUUUGGUCCAGCCAUGUGACCAAAACUCUGCUCAAUUAUUCCCUCCUGUAAAGCCGCUCCGCUGUGACACUACUCAUGUAAAUGCAACCAAAUGUAGAUGUUGAGCUUUUGUUUCUUUCUCAAUGGGAUUUUUGUGGGAAAUAGUUAUGCUUUUUUGGCUGAUUGUUUUUUUCUGUGCAGGCUAGAGUACGGUGUCCCUGAGGGCUCAAUGCACUGCAACUAAAGAAAACACAUGCAAAGAGACAAAACUCAAGCAAAUGAAGAAAAUAUCAUCAUCAAUGUGAGAACACAUGAGCGACAUUUAGGAAAAAAUGCUGCAAACUCAACCAAAUAUACACAACAGAACCAAAUACAUGUGCUGCAAAUACAUGCAAGUUCUAUGUACCUUGCAGCAUUCCUGUAUUUCGCUGUGUUUUGUGUAUUUGCAAGAUGUUUUCUCCAUUUGCUUGUGUCUCGAUUUAAUUGCAUGUGUUUUUUUUAAAGUUGUAGUGCGUUGAGCUUUCAGAGCCAACGCACUAAAGGCUUUGUUUGAUAUUACGCAAAUGUUCUACAGUAGCUUAUAAUAUAUAAUAUAUUGUAUGUAUUUACAGAUUUACCGACCUAUAUAUUUGCAUUGUGUCUUUUAACGGAAAAAAUAUUGUGUUUGUUUGGCUGAAUGGUCUUUUUAUAUACGUGUUGUUAAGGGGUGAUGUGUUCUCUCCACUGUUCUUUUAUAAAGUGUGUGUAAUAAAUGU